AUGUAUCUGACUCCGCACAACUAUUGCCGACUACGUCCCUACUACCCAGGUGAUCAAUCAGGUCUGGCCUCGGCAUGCAAGCUCCUGUUCCGCUGCCAUGGUCGCUCCGAGCGCCUGGGUUAUCAGCUUCAUUGGCUUUGGUAUCCGAAGCCCGAGGCCACAUUUCCCCUGUCCCCAUGCUCCACAAUUGGCCUUCGUCAAUCGAGUCGAAUGUUCCUCGCAAACAUCGGACACUGCAACCCCGUUGCCAGCUCACCGCUGGAAAGGGGAAGAGUUAUGUACAUUGGACCAAAGGCUAUAUGCAUCCUUACACCCGGAGGUGAACAACCAUCAAACUACUGGGGUGGAUGUUGCCUUGCCAAUUUUGCAGUUAAUUCAAGUCCCAUCAAACAGAUUGAUGUACCUACUUUCAACGCUAACUGCAACUUUGCGUCCAAGCCAAAAAACUAA